CGGAACCUUUGUCCUUUUUGUUUUCCAAACAAAGAGUUCCGUUUACAUUGCCACUGAGAUACUGUAAUUGAUUUUCUGUAUCUAGCCAUAGGAAUAAGGACGCAAGACAGCAAAAGCCACAUUGUCCAAAUGAUCUGUUUUCUACUAUAAUCAUGAAUCUCAGUAAAUAACGCGAGCACCAGAAAUUGCAAACCACACGUGACCAUUGCGGUCGGCUUCUGGACCACCUGUCUGUCUGCUCCCACGCUUUACUUCUGGCUACUCAUGCCUUCUUCUUCUUCUUCGUCUUCUUCUUGCUAUAGCCUUUAUAAGCUUUCGCUGUCUGUUUUAUGUGAAUGUUUAGUUCAUAUUCAGGAAUCUAGCCACCAAAGCUUUUCUGGGUUUUAAUUCCUUGUUCUUGUUUUACGAUUCUAAAAUUACCAAUGGUUGCUCUUAACUUGGGGUCUCCGCCAACAAUGGGAGUGUGGAAUGUGUUAGUGAGUUCAAAGGGCAGUGGUCGUCGUCUUAAAGUUUUGGCCACCGCAGGUGGUGGUGGUGGUGAUGGGGAGUUUCCUUCGUUUCUUCCAAAAGAGGUAGAGAAAAUCAAAGACCCAUUUGCUAGAUCUUUGGCUAGAAGAAUAAAAAGACUUCCUGUCCAGAUGGGUUCAUCGGAAAACUAUGUGAUGAGUAGUUGUGUUAAACCAUUGGUGCAAAGUAAAAACAAUCCAGUGGUUCUUCUUCAUUGCUUUGAUAGUUCUUGUUUAGAAUGGAGAUGCGCGUACCCCUUGCUUGAAGAGGCUGGUUUAGAGGCCUGGGCGGUUGAUGUUCUUGGGUGGGGCUUUUCUGAUUUAGAAAUUCGACCAUCAUGUGAUGCAGCAUCUAAGCGAUAUCACCUCUAUCAGUUCUGGAAGGAGUAUAUCAGAAGGCCAAUGAUUUUGGUUGGACCAAGCCUUGGAGCCUCUGUUGCCAUAGAUUUUAGUGUCAAUUAUCCAGAUGCGGUUGAAAAGCUGGUCCUCAUCAAUCCAAGUGUAUAUGCUGAAGGCACAAAACAUCUGGCUAAGUUACCAAAGAUGGUAGCCUAUGCAGGGGUUUCUUUUCUGAAGAGCCUUCCAUUGCGCCUUUAUGCAAAUUCAUUGGCAUUCAACGGCAUUUCAUUCUUUACAAUCUUAGAUUGGACUAAUGUAGGCCGCUUACAUUGUCUGUUGCCAUGGUGGAAAGAUGCAACUAUCAGUUUUAUGUUUAGUGGGGGAUAUAAUGUUAUUUCCCAAAUCAAACAGGUAAAGAAAAAAACUCUUAUUAUAACUGGGGAGCUUGAUCAGAUUGUGAGCUACAAGCUUGCAGUGCAGCUGCAUUGUGAAUUAGGGAACGCGAGUAUGAGACAAGUGCCGGACUCUGGUCAUCUUCCCCAUGUGGACAAGCCCAAUUAUGUUGCAAAUUUGAUUGUAGAUUUUGCACUCUCUCAUCCACUGCACUGCUUACUCACCAAAAUACAUCAUAACCAAUGUUGAUGUUGCCCAUAUGAUUCUUUUUCCAAGACUUUCAACUUUAAUUGAAACGCUGAAUUUGGAAAACUUUUACUCUCCUUCAGUCA